CUGGCGGGGCGUGGAAAGCCCUUGCCCAAUGACCUGCCUGCCCUAUCACUUGGAGGACACAGCUACAGGAAAGGCUUGGCUCCCUGGAGGGCUCCCCAAGGGCCCCUGGUGGACCUGGCUUCUGACUGGGGCAUUUCCCUGAUGUGGGGAUAAGACCAAGCUCUGAAGGACUCUGGCCCCUCCCAAGGACCAUGCCACAGCCCCACUGACCCAGGAGUAGGGGCCUCAGGGCAGGGAACCUGGAAUGGGCUGUGUGUUCUGCAAGAAGUUGGAGCCAGGGCCCAAGGAGGAUGGUGACCUGGAAGGGGACUUCAGGGCCUACGGGGCUGCAGACCGCUAUGGCCCUGACCCUACUCAGGGCCGACCAACAUCCUCCUUUGCCCAUAUCCCCAACUACAACAACUUCUCCCCUCAGCCUGCCAACCCCUCCUUCCUGGAUGGGGGCAACAUCAGAGGCAUCUCAGGAACUGGGGUGACUCUGUUCAUCGCCCUUUAUGACUAUGAGGCCCGGACAGAGGAUGACCUCACCUUCACUAAGGGCGAGAAAUUCCACAUCCUGAACAACACGGAGGGUGACUGGUGGGAGGCUCGGUCUCUCAGCUCCGGACAAACUGGCUACAUUCCCAGCAACUACGUGGCCCCUGUGGACUCCAUCCAGGCAGAAGAGUGGUACUUUGGAAAGAUCGGGAGGAAGGAUGCGGAGAGGCAGCUGCUGUCCCCGGGCAACCCCCGGGGGGCCUUUCUCAUUCGAGAGAGUGAGACCACCAAAGGUGCCUACUCCCUGUCCAUUCGGGAUUGGGACCAGGCCAGAGGCGAUCACGUGAAGCAUUACAAGAUUCGCAAGCUGGACACAGGUGGCUUCUACAUCACCACGAGGGCCCAGUUUGACACAGUGCAGGAACUGGUGCAGCACUACCUUGAGGUGAACGAUGGGCUGUGCCACCUGCUCACUGCUGCCUGCACCACCAUGAAGCCGCAGACGCUGGGCCUCGCUAAGGAUGCCUGGGAGAUCAGCCGCAGCUCCAUCGCGCUCCAGCGCCGGCUGGGCACCGGCUGCUUUGGGGAUGUGUGGCUGGGCAUGUGGAAUGGCAGCACAAAGGUGGCGGUGAAGACACUGAAGCCGGGCACCAUGUCCCCGAAGGCCUUCCUGGCGGAGGCGCAGAUCAUGAAACUGCUGCGGCACGACAAGCUGGUGCAGCUAUACGCCGUGGUGUCGGAGGAGCCCAUCUACAUCGUGACGGAGUUCAUGUGCCAUGGUAGCUUGCUGGAGUUCCUCAAGGACCAAGAAGGCCAGAAUUUGAGGCUGCCCCAGCUGGUGGACAUGGCAGCCCAGGUAGCUGAGGGCAUGGCCUACAUGGAGCGCAUGAACUACAUCCACCGAGACCUGAGGGCAGCCAACAUCCUCGUAGGGGAGCGGCUGGUGUGCAAGAUCGCUGACUUCGGGCUGGCCCGUCUCAUCACGGAUGACGAGUACAACCCCAAGCAAGGGGCUAAGUUCCCCAUCAAAUGGACAGCCCCAGAGGCUGCCCUUUUUGGCAGAUUCAGCAUCAAGUCAGAUGUGUGGUCCUUUGGGAUCCUGCUCACUGAACUCAUCACCAAGGGCCGAGUCCCUUACCCAGGCAUGAAUAACCGGGAAGUAUUGGAACAGGUGGAGCACGGCUACCACAUGUCCUGCCCCCCAGGCUGCCCAGCAUCUCUGUACGAGGCCAUGAAACAGACCUGGCGUCUGGACCCCGAGGAGAGGCCUACCUUCGAGUACCUGCAGUCCUUCCUGGAGGACUACUUCACCUCCACAGAACCCCAGUACCAGCCUGGGGAUGAGACAUAGCCUGUUUGGGCAUCAACCACCUCUCAGGGGUUGUCCACCAGCCCCUUCGAAUCCUCAGGGCUCCGGUUCCAAGGCCCCAUGGCCCAGAACCCUAAAGAGUCUUAGCCUGUCAGAGCAAGCAAGUUGCUCUAGUACCAUCUAGGGCAACCCACUCAUUUAAAAGAUGGGGAAAAUCCAGGCUCAGAGAUCAUCCCUCACCUACUCUGGUUCCAAGCACUAUUUUUUCCCUUCCCACUUAUGCCCCUAGAAGCCUCUAGCCUCCUGUCUGCACUCCCCCAACCAAAAAGAAAUGCUCAGACUCUGUCUAGUUAUUUAUAAAACUGUAUAUCCUUUCCCUCACUUAUCACCUGUCCCUACUCUCCUCCCCUGUCAUCCCAUCCUGGUCCAGAAUUCACCUCCUACUCAUUCUCUUGGGUUUAUAAGUUACAAAGACAGGGAAAAUCUUUGCCAGAUCCCUUUCCUGCUGUGUGUAUGCUCUAGUCCAGGACCCUGGUCCAAGCCCAGGGUGAGGGAGAGGGUUGCUGAGGGCUUCUGUGAAUCACGUGUGUGUUUACUGAUUCUGUAAAUAACAAAAAUGACAAUAUGAAUCCUUGAGCCACAAAAAUCUCUUCCUUUGGGAGGGAUGGUGGUCUGUGGGAAGUGAGUGGAGCCUCUUUGGCUGCUGGGAGGAAGGGGCAGUGAGAGAGCACCUUAAUGCCUACUAAGCACAGGGCACCCAAGAUGUGUCCUAGGACACCCAAAAGUCCUGAUGCUCAUCCCCAUGUGAGUUUAGAACGAGCUGAGAAAUGGAUACAGAAGACAAGCAACUGGAGAUCAAAAUUUCCCAUUACUGACGUGGCUUUCAAUCUGUGUAUGGCUCACUCUUUACCUGAUUUCAGCAGAUUUACCCUUCAUCAUAGGCACCACAGCAGAACUUCAGACCUCCCACGGCAGAGCAGGAGGAAGACCACUGUGGACCCUCAACAGUUCCCCAAAAGAGGACAGAAGGGAGGGGAGGGGAGAGGCCUGAGAGUUAGUCUAGUUCAUUGGAUUUCAUUUGGAGCAACUCUGCUCCCAGGAGGCUUUUGGAGAGAUUUGGAGGCAGUUUUGUUAGUCACAGUGAAUUGGGGCUCCUACUGGCAUGUAGUGGACAGGGACUGGGGGUGCUAAGCAGCCCACUGUAUACCUGUUCAGUGAAGACUUGUCCCACCCCUUGGCUCCCCUUUUGAGAGACUCUAGCGGUUGAUGUGUCUCCACGUGGAAACUAGAGGAACAAGGACUAAGGAUUCCCAGCUCUGCCAUCAGGAAUUUGUGGACCCUUGACUUACUAAGGGAGCAGCUGCAGGAGAGAGCCUGGGAGCUGGGAAUCACUGCUGCAUCUGGCAAACAAUUACUAAACAUUGAUUCUGUGAAGGGCCUUUUGCUAGGCAGGACCCCAGGGACACAGACAUGAACAAGACCUGCUCCUGUCCGGAGGAGUUCACAAUCAGGCUGGGGAGAAAUAAUAGUAAUAAUAAUAACAACUCAUUUAUUAAGUGUCUCCUGAAUGCCGGAUGGGUUUACAUUCAUCUUUUCAUUUAACUCAGUCCUGAAUCUGGUUCUAUGAUUAGUCCCCCCAUUUACAGAUGAGGAAGCCCAGGGGUUACCUGAUGUACCAAGGUCACACAUAUAUGUGACAGAGCUGGGACAUGAACCCAGGUAUCACACCAAGGCCCAUGAUCUUUCUACCAGACCUCACUGCCUCUGGGCUUUAGGAAAAGAUCCUAUCUGCCCCAGGUGGAUGUUUGGGGGAUCCUUCUCCCUUAGAUAUUGGUAGAAAGAUUCCCUGGAAGCCCUCCCAAGUUGACUGACCUAAGGGAAAGGGGACAAGGUGACCAAUGCAGACUGAGCAUUCCCUUGUUCAGCCCUGUGCUGGGGAUUGCUGAUGGGAGCAAUGAGAUGGGGAGAAGCCAGGGGCUGCUUAGAGAAAUGGUCACAGGGGUGGGAGCCGUAGCUCUGGCACAUCAACUCUCAGGAGCCAAGGCUUCCCCAAGGCCAUGGUCUCUAGACAACCGAACUCACAAGAACCUGAUGUAUAAGCCAGAGAUCCAGUGUUUCUACCUGCCAUGGAGUCAGGAGAUAGGAGCACAGAUCUGGAGCUGUAGUGCCUGUUGUGAAUCUUGCCUCUGCCACUCACUAGCUAUGUCAUGUCGUUCAAGCUGUGAAUCUCUCCAAGCCUCAAUUUCUUCAUCUGUGAAAUGACAAUAAAAUGCACAGUGCAUGUUA